GACGCGUUACCCUCCCUUGCUCCAUCAAAUUCCACACGCAUCACUCCAGGAAUGCAAUAUUACCGCCCGAUAAUAUAAGCCCAUGAUAAUUGUCUCUUCGGGCAUCCAUGGCAAAAGGUAAAUUUAUUGCACAUCAAGAAAUCUCUGCAAUCAUGACUACUACAGCAUCUUCAGAAAUUGGCGGUAUAACCGAUGGAGGAGGACUUUUCCCUACAUUUGUUCCAAGUGAUAUUGCGGGUCAGACUGUGUUCGGUUGUCCUAUUGUAUGUUGAUGCUCCUUCUUUCGUUGGUCAUGUACUCAGUCCUUCCGGAAAAUGUCUAGUUACUAACAGUAUUGCGGUAAUAAAGUCAUCUUUCAUGUCCCUCGACUCCAAAUGUCCCAUCACUGGCAGUGGACUCCCUGCAUGUGCAACACAAACUGCUAGUUUCGACGAGCCUUGCUGUGGUUCUCUUAGCGCCUUCGCGACUAGUGUUGGAGAUUGUUAUAGCAGCAAUGCACCGGAUUGUUUGAAUUUGGAAGAACUCACUCGCAGUCUAACAGCCUUCAGCGCAACAGCAACAGAUCAACAGAUCACCAACCCCUGCGCAAUAUUUGCUUCUACAACCAGUAGUAGUAACCCUACCGAGACGGGAGAACAAACAGCCGAAACUAGUGGAUCCGGAGACUCUGGGCAAUCCAACAACUCAGAAGGUUCUACUCCCACAGAGUCUGCAACUCAAAGCGCCAAUACCGCAGAGAGUACAUCUUCCAACUCUGGGGGUGUGAAGGAGAGGGGAAACAUGGGGUUGAAAACGAUUGCUACUUUGGCAUUAGUGGGAAGUUUGGGAGUUUUGUGGUUGUGAAAGGCGAGAUGAAAGAUGAGACGAAAAGAGAAACAGGCGUUUGGCUGAUGGCUCUACCGGUGUGGAUGUUGUGGGUACUCAUUAUUGGUCUCUGGGACGAGGACAAGGGUUUGAGUGGAGAUAAGAGUGGCGUUCGGUUCUUGGUUUGGUGGAUGCUAUGUAUGUUGUCUUUUGGUAUUGUAAGUGUGAUCGGAAUUUAUGUUGGUGUGUAUUAAGUGUUAUUAAAUGAAUGUUUUCGUUUGGUUCUCUUGUUUGAUUAUCGGGAUUUUAUUUAGAAAUAUAUCUUACUGGAAACUAACUGCCUACUUGACAUAAGCUUUGCCUCUUUCACUAGAAAGGUAAUAAAUUUCUGCUCA